AUGCCGGCACAGAAAGGUAAUGUGGAAAUUCUCAUGUCGAGGUCUGGACCACAAGGCACAGCCACUGAUUUGCAGGCCCUUAGGUCCGCUGUGAUGGGGUCAAGCCUGCCUGCGAGACGUGUCAUUUUGCGGGCGUGUCUUGCACGUUUACCACGACGCCGUCAGAAAUCCGGAAAAGCACCCGAGAGUAAGACCCAAAUUUGGCAGCUCUCUGAGGCGAAUUCUAAAAUCAGAGCCUUGGAAUCUUUGAUUGCAGCUCGCGAUAAUCUUCAAAGGCUUGGUCAUAGCGCCCCGGGCCAGGCUUCGCCGCGAACCGGCAUUUCUCUGUCGCUCGGCGACUCGUAUCUGUUAGAUACGCAUCACGUCGAGACGGCUCUGGCCACAUUCCGCCAACACAUUGCCUACUGCGGCCCUGGAGUGCCCUAUUUCAGCUUACGGGCAUAUUUCUAUUCUGCUGUCAGCGAACGCACUGGCUCUGAUCUGAACCUCGACCUCUUUUUACAUCAAGUGGCUGAAUCUUAUAAAUUGCAUCACCACGUAGAGGAACUGCGACCCAUUCCUCAAAAAUGGCCAACGCCUCAAUUGAUUCAGCAAUGCAUAGACCAUUUCUCCAGAAGUGGAUUUUAUUCGGUCUUUCCGAUCGUCGAUACCACCGUUCUAAGGGAGCUGCUCAACGCUGGUAUCAUGGAUAACCCAACAGACCCAACCCACACUGCCAAUUGCGCAUGUCUCGUGGCCUUCACUGCUCUUGUUACCGAGCUUCAUCGUCUUGAACCUGCUUUUGUUAACGCAGACCCCGAUGCUUAUCUCUAA